AUGGGAAGAACUGAGGUGACAAUGACGUGCCUUUACGCAGGUCCGUGCUAUCGGGACCCCCAGGGUCCACGAGGCUGUUCCCUCAGUUGGGCGAAGCGGUCUUUUUCGGAUGACGACGAGGCUGGUCACUAUCGGGGCCAGCGAUCCACCACCGCGUGUUCACUGAAAGGUGGCCUUUUUGGGGUCUUGCAUUGCGGUCGCAUUCUCAUAGACUUGGCACCGUUCAGUGAUUUAUUGUGCGCGGGCACGACUGCGGAUCGAGUCCUGAAUCAGGAUUCCGUGGAAACCAACGCACGAAUGGAUGGCUUGAUUGCAGUCUGA